CCCGGCCCAGCAUGUUCGUCUUCCUAGGCACUACGAUACCUGGUGUCAGAAGUGGGAUGCGUAGUCAAGCACGGCUUUGAUCUUCAACGGGCAGCACCGUAGGGACUACGCAAUGGAUUCAUUGAGAGCGCCGGGUCCGUUAAACAUGACGGGAGAAGCGAGCAAGAAUUGGCAAACGUUCAAGCAGAGAUUUGAACUCUUCCUUGCGGCAUCAGAGCCGGAUGACAAGAAGCGAUCAGUGUCGUCGAAGACAGCGCUGUUUCUCAGUGUCGCAGGUAAGCAGCUCCUCCUGGCCGACAUGCUGUCCCGUGCCACAACCAAGACAACGGCCUGCGACCUCGACAGCAACGAUGUAGAGGUGCACGCCGUGAGUACGGUUUCCUCACUUGUUAGCGAGAACACAUGGAGGCGGCUGGCUGCGGAAACGGCGCGUGACGAACAGCUAAGAAACGUGCUGCGAGAUUUAGAAGCUGGAAAAUGCCUGGACGGGCUGUGGAAACGAUUCGCAGGCGAGUUAUCACACGUGAAAGGAGUGUUGCUGAAAGACUGCAAAGUAGUUAUUCCGGCUAGCAUGAAAAGAGAGACACUGGAAAGAAUUCAUCAAGGGCACUUGGGAAUCAACAAGUGCAAAGCCAGGGCAAGACAGUUAGUUUUUUGGCCAGGAAUGAACUCGGACAUAGAAUCUUUCGUGCAGACAUGUUCUAUCUGCAAAAAGUAUGCAUAUAGCCAACCUCGAGAGCCUCUACUGAUGCGCCCGGUGCCGGACCAACCGUGGUACCGUGUCGGCAUUGACAUUUUUGAAUACGGUGGGAGGUCGUACCUGUGCGUUUACGACGCCCUGUCCAACUUUCCCGAAGUGGAACUACUCAAAGACACCACGGCCAAAACAGUGGUUGACGCAACAAGUUCGAUCUUCGCAAGACACGGCAUUCCCAUAGAAGUUUGUUCUGACAAUGGCCCUCAAUUUUCAUGUCGCGAAUUCGCGUUAUUCUCACAAUUGUACGAUUUUAGACAUGUCACGUCUAGCCCGGGAUACCCACGUUCUAAUGGGUUGGCAGAAAAAUGCGUUCAGAUAACUAAGCGUAUCCUCAAGAAAACGAUGGAAGCGAAACAAAAUUUCUGGUUGGGACUGCUCGCUUUCAGGACAACUCCACUCGAGUGCGGCGCAUCGCCCGCUGAGCUGCUGAUGGGGCGAAGGCUCCGCACAACAAUCCCCGACGUUCAAGGCAACCCCAGUCACGAGGUGAUCCGGCGCCUUCAGACAGACCACUCUAGGGGAUCAGCGGCACGCCUGAGCCCUGGAGAUACGGUCCGGAUCAAGAAAGGUGCAUGGGACACGAAAGCAAAGGUUCUCAAGCCGGCUGGUUACCCGAGGUCGUAUACAGUCGUCAAUGAAAACGGCACGGUGUUGAGGCGCAACCGGCAGCACCUGCUACUGACCCGGGAGCCUUUCCGACGCAGCGUACAGGAAGACGACGACGGUGACUUCGAGGGAAACUCGGGCCAAAGAAAUGGGUCGGCACCUAGCUACACAGAAUGUACAGCCCCGUCUAUUCCCUCUGAGCCCUGUGCCCCAAUUAGUGUCUCAUCCACACCAGCCCCAAGGAGGUCGCUCAGACAACGUCGACCGCCUCAACGACUGGCCUACGACGAGAACUUCGCGCAAGUGCCUUGAACUAAAGUGCCUGACAAUUUUCAUUAAUGUUAUUUUCCCAUUUCUUGUUUUGUUUUUCGUACAAAGGAAGAUGUAUCGUAUCUUGGGCGCCGAGCGCCACACGUGUUCCGCGCAAGCGCAUUGUAUGUCACUACGCAUGCACCAUGUGCAUGCUGUGCAAACAACUUAUCUGUUACUGAUAAAUAGGCACACCCCUUUCUAAAACCUAUAUAUGUACACAUGUUCAAUAAAUCGGGGUUCUUUCCCCCACUG